CUAAUAAACGAUAAACAAAAUCUAAAAGUAGUGGACGAGAAUCAUCAUUCAUCACUUUGUCUCUCUCAGUUUGUUUCAGCUGAACUAGUUGAGCUUCCAUGUCUUCCUUCGUUGCUAAGUUCUCUUCUCCACUACCCAUUUCCCUCUCCAUUCGUUCUUCUUCAUCCCAAGAUGAUGCCAAUUUGAGACAGGACUGGAGGAAAAGGUCCAAGGCUAUCCCACCAGGUGGAACCUACCCUGCAAAAGAUCACUGCAGUCAUUGCGGGUUGUGUGAUACAUAUUAUGUAGCCCAUGUAAAGAAUGCAUGUGCUUUUUUGGGAGAUGGAAUGUCUAGGAUUGAAAGAUUGGAACCUGUUGUUCAUGGUAGAGGGAGGAAAACUGAUACCUUAGAUGAGACCUACUUAGGCGUCCAUGAGGAACUGCUGUAUGCUCGGAAACUUAAGCCUGUGGAAGGAGCUCAGUGGACUGGUAUAGUAACAACCAUUGCAAUAGAAAUGCUCAAAUCAGGCAUGGUUGAAGCUGUCAUUUGUGUACAAAGUGAUCCUGAUGACAGAUUCGCUCCUAGACCUGUUUUAGCAAGGACACCUGAAGAAGUGUUGGCUGCUAAAGGUGUCAAGCCAACAUUAUCUCCUAACCUCAAUACUCUCGCUCUUGUUGAGGCAGCAGGCGUCAAGCGUCUGCUUUUCUGUGGUGUAGGUUGCCAGGUGCAAGCAUUAAGAUCUGUGGAGCACCACUUGAAUUUGGAAAAGCUCUAUGUUUUAGGCACAAAUUGUGUGGACAACGGAACUAGGGAAGGUCUGGAUAAGUUUCUAAAGGCUGCAAGUCAUUCCCCAGAAACAGUUCUCCAUUAUGAGUUUAUGCAAGAUUACCAGGUUCAGUUGAAGCAUUUGGAUGGUCAUAUUGAGGAGGUUCCUUAUUUCUGUCUGCCAGCUAAUGAUUUGGUUGAUGUUAUUGCCCCAUCUUGCUACAGCUGUUUUGACUAUACAAAUGCUUUAGCAGACUUAGUGGUUGGAUAUAUGGGUGUGCCAAAGUAUUCUGGUAUCAGCAUGACACAACACCCACAGUAUGUUACAGUCAGGAAUGAACGCGGAAGAGAGAUGUUGAGUCUUGUAAAGAACUUAUUGGACAUUACUCCAACUACUAGUGCGGGAGAUAGGCGACCAUAUGUGAUGGAGACUGUUAAGGCUGAUGAUAAUGCUAAGUUUGGAAGAGGUCCUGCACAGCCUGCCCCAAGAUUUAUUGGAAACUUGAUAGCUUUCAUACUAAACUUGAUUGGUCCAAAGGGACUUGAAUUUGCGCGUUAUUCACUUGAUUAUCACACCAUUCGCAACUAUCUGUACGUAAAUCGUAAGUGGGGAAAGGAAAGGGCUGAUAAGCACAUUCCUACGUAUGCGAAGAAACUUGUGGAUCUGUACAACCAAAAUGGUCAAAUUGAGAAGAUGCUCUCUGACAAGUAAUUCUGAAAGAUUAUAUGUAUGAAUCAGUGGGGCAUAGGUGUCUUCAAAGUAUGCAUGAUGGAUCAUGGAUGAGUCUCUAGUUUCGUUUUGCAUUUAGCUCUUUGUGAAUGAUAGUGAAGUCAUAACUUGGCCUCUGCUUGGACCAAAGGACCAUAUAAGUUUGUCCAAGGGAAUACCUGAUUCAGAGAGGAGUAAUUAGCAGGUUGCACAGUUCUUGUGUGAUUCAUAUAGCAAUGUUGUGCUGGACUAGGAUAAUAUAUUUUGUGAAUAGUUUUAAACUUGUGAAAAAAAAUCUGGUCAAGCAAAUUGAGAAAGAAUUUGUUGUAUUUUGCCCCCGUCCCCCUCUUUAGAGUAUCAUAUGAAAACUCUGGUUCAACCUUAUAUCAUUGACGAACGCACUGUCGCGGGUGCGUGUCAAGGUAUUUUUGCUUUGAAUGCAGUACAAGGUGUUGAACACCACGUUCUCACAA